UAUGUCUCCCCCUUGCUAAAGGAAACACUGUAGCUUCAGACAGUAUGGGAUAUUUGAUGAUUGUUUGGAUUGUACUGGUCACAGUGGUCACUGUAUUCUACUUGAACAUUCCACCUCCAGAACUGUCACCACGUCUUAAGGCCUGGUACAAAAAAGGCAGCUUCUUCAGAUACAACGAUUUUGAUAUUUUCUACAUAGAUGAAGAUGGUGUUAUGACAGAUGACAGUACAUUGUUGUUGAUUCAUGGCUUCCCAACGUCUAGUCAUGACUGGAUCAAGAUUUUGGAUGACUUAAAAGAACAGUAUAGCAGGAUUGUAAUGACAGAUAUGCUGGGCUUUGGAUUUACAGAUAAACCAAAGCAGUAUGAUUACCUUAUCACAGAGCAGGCAGACAUAUUGGAAGCCAUCUUGGAAUCCCUGUCAGUGAAGGAUGUUCACAUUAUGUCACAUGACUAUGGGGAUACAGUUGCUCUAGAGUUACUUCACAGGCAUAAUACCAACAAAGGGAAAGUGCAGGUGAAUUCAUUGUGCAUGCUGAAUGGUGGGGUAUUUCCAGAAACUAACUUCCCACUGUUUGGCCAAAAGAUGCUACUGGUGCCAGUUUUAGGAGAUCUCCUUUCACAUAUCUCCUUCUAUGGUUCAUUGAAACGAGGGUUAGGCAGCACAUUUGGCCCUGGAACACAACCCUCAGACACUGAUAUGAGAGAUUUCUAUGCAGUACUGAGAUACAAAGAGGGAAAUAUUGUAAUGUCAAGAUUGAUACACUAUAUAACGCAGAGGAAUAAGAAUAAAGAGCGCUGGGUUGGAGCAUUGCAGAAAACAAAAGUACCUACACAUAUGAUAUAUGGACCAGCUGAUCCAGUAAACCCCCCUGUAUUUGUUGACCAUUACAAGAAAGUAGUUCCAAAUCCAAGUAUACAUGUGUUGCCAUCUGGGAUAGGGCACUACCCUCAAUGGGAAGAUCCGACUGGAGUUGUUUCCUCUUACGUUGAGUUUUUGAAGAAUGUAAAACAGGAAUGAUAAAAAUUAUUUUUAAAGUUAGAUUUUGUCAAAAAAUGUCAGGUUUUAUAUUAUAGAAACUAUUCUUUUAAGUAAGGUUUUACCCUAUUGUUUAUAUUCGGCUGCUCAUAAUGGUGUUACUUUUGACUUUUUAGGAAGCAGUAAAUACCACAGAAAUUUGGUUUGUAGUUUCAAAGGACAAGAAUGUCCUUAAAGAUUUUUUUUGUGAAAAGAAAUGUUGCAAAGUUAACAUUUUCCACUUAUCCCUAAUUGAGGAUAAAAAAAGGUGCUUAGUUAUAUAAAUGCUAUACUAUUUGUUAACUGAACAGAGUUGCCAAAAAAAUUGUGAUCUCAAAGGUAUGCAAGUACAAAAUGUAAUUGAGCCGUGCCAUGGGAAAACCAACAUAG